UUUUUAUGCAUGCAGUCUUAUACGAAUAAUAAAAAUGUGUUCUUAAUACUUAAAACCUGCUAAAACGCAGUGAAAGAGCAUAGUUGUCGUUGAUUGUGUGUGCGUUUUAUAAAAAAAAAAUUAAUUUCAUUUUUUGAAACUAAUGGUGUCUUGUGAAAAUGCCUUCUGCAAAUACCGAAGAGUUGAGGCGAAAGUUCACGGUUGUUCAACAACAAAGAUCAGCACCACCGGGAUUUUCAGCACCAGGAGCAGUAGUUGCUUCGAACUUGACAUCAGUGUACGACCCUUUAAACGCCUCAUCUAUACCCUUGAACCACACAACAACGGGAUUCUUAACUGUCCAAGAACCCGAAAGAACAUAUGUAUUUCCAGGACCGGGAGGGCUAGGAGGAAAUACCGUCGGUAGUACAGCAACGGGUAUACCCGGAGUAGCAGUCAUCAACCCUGCUCCUAAUACGUUGGGUGUUACGUUAGCGACGGGCAGGGGGCAUGCUCGUUCCGUUAGUCAUGGUGGUGGUGCAAUCGUGGGUCCUACAGGUCGUCCUAUCAAAUCGGCGUUGAAAGGUCACCAAAGGGCUUUUUCACAAGGUCAGAUUACGGAUUCACCUGGUGCGACAAAUACACCAAGGGGACAUAGUCGAGUAGGCUCAAAAACUGAUUUUAUUUUGCCCCCUGGUCACAAGGAGGAAAAUGAGACUCGUGAAUUCGGUCCAUCCGCACCAUCAUCCGCUGCGGGUCGCGGUCAUUCUAGGCAGGCUUCCCGUUCCGAAUCGAUAUAUACCCUGCGGCGCUCUGAAACACCACCCUGGUGGAAACGUAUCAGUAUGUGUCGGGCAGAAAAAUGUGAAGAGCGAGCUUAUCGUAUUGUAGUGCCAAAUCAUACAGUUCCGCCGAAAACUCCAAAACGUGAUCAUCCGAAUGGCCACUUUGUGGGUAAUAAAAUACGCACUACAAAGUAUACCCUGCUCUCGUUCAUACCGAAGAAUUUGCUCGAACAGUUCCAUCGUGUAGCAAAUUUGUAUUUUAUUUUCAUUGUUUUACUUAAUUGGUUUCCCGCCAUCAAUGCAUUUGGCAAAGAAGUGGCUAUGAUACCUGUUCUUUUUGUUUUGGGAGUAACUGCUGUUAAAGAUUUAUUUGAGGAUCGUCGACGGAGAUUUUCCGAUAAAAGAAUAAAUAACUCAACAUGUCGCGUAUAUGAUGGUGAAACUGAGCGUUACAAGAGAUCGAAAUGGCAAGAUGUUCGUGUUGGCGACGUUGUACAUUUGUCAAAUAAUGAAACAGUACCUGCUGACAUACUUUUAUUACGUACCAGUGAUCCCCAUGGAGUCUGUUAUAUUGACACCUGUGAUUUAGACGGCGAAACAAAUCUGAAAAGACGAGAGGUAGUACGCGGUUUUACCGAAAAGCAGUCUAUAUUUAUACCAAAUAAAUUCGUAAGUCGGGUGGAGGCAGAUGCGCCAACAACCAAACUCUAUAGAUUUCAUGGGGCCUUAAUACAUCCCUCUGGUGAGAGAGUACCAGUAUCAACAGAAUGCUUACUACUAAGAGAAAGCAGACUUAAGAAUACUGAUUUUAUAGAAGGCAUUGUUGUCUAUGCUGGACAUGAAACUAAAGCGAUGCUUAAUAAUAGUGGGCCUCGCUAUAAACGUUCCCAGGUGGAACAACAAAUGAAUAUAGAUGUUAUUUGGUGUGUAAUUUUGCUGUUAAUAUUGUGUGUAGUUGGUGCGGUUGGUUGCAAAAUGUGGCUUAGUUCUUUUGAACAAUUUCCUGUACCUUAUUUACCGUUCGAUGUUAAUCCAGACUAUGAAGGCCUUUUAAUAUUUUGGACAUAUAUUAUAAUACUACAAGUCAUGAUACCAUUAUCUUUAUAUGUGACAAUAGAGUUAUGUAAGAUAUUGCAAGUUUUCCAUAUACACAACAAUAUGGAUUUAUUUGAUAGUGACACCAAUAAGAAAACUGAAUGUCGUGCUAUGAACAUCACUGAAGAGCUUGGUCAAGUGCAACACAUUUUCUCCGAUAAAACUGGGACACUAACUGAAAAUAAAAUGCUGUUUCGCCGAUGUGUCGUCAAUGGUAUAGACUAUAACCACCCCCCUUCAGAGUUAGAGAAGAUUUAUUCAAAACCUGGAUCUCCAGCGCCGCCUCUAAUAGCGAAUACCUCGCUCAUAAGUGAUAUGCUUAACUUAAGUUCAUCGGGACAGUAUUUUACACAGAAUUCUCAACGUAUUCAAGAAUUUUUAGUUGUACUUGCUAUAUGCAAUACAGUAAUUGUUAGUGCUACGCCGCAUCGUGAUCUCAUGAACGCCAGUGGUAUAAUUGAGGUGCAGAGUAAUAAUGCGUCAUUGGUGGGAGAUUCUUCGGUGACUUUAAAAGCUGUUAAACCUUCUGCCGAUCAAAAUGAUUUAUCAGGCUCACCGUCAGUAGCGCAAAACAAGUUAGCAUCAGCCAUACCAGCUGAUCGUUAUGUGCGUCUGGCCGAAUCGAGAUCUGUGACCCCAUCACCACCUCCAAAUUUGCUAUUCAACAUUCCAACACAAUCCCAUAUACCAUCUCUAUCACCAAUAAGUAGUUCAGCGGAAUCAACGCCUACCUCAGAAUCGCCGCCAAUGAAAAUGAAAUCAUUGUCAAAUAACAUAUCACCUACAGGACGAGCUAAGGCGGUUAUUAAUUCUAAGAUUACCAGUCUAACGACAUUUUUAAAUUCAAAGGCACAAUCGAAACGAUUGGCUAAUAAGUUGCAACAACAAAAAAACAAUCUCACAUAUCAAACGCCUGACGGCCGUCCCUUGUACGAAGCAGAAAGUCCUGACGAACUUGCUUUGGUGAAUGCUGCCUAUAGUUACGACUGUUGCCUUAUUAAUCGUAGCCCUAAUCACAUUUUAGUGAGCAUUCCUAACAAGGGAUUAGUGGAGUAUGAAGUUCUAAAAAUACUUCCAUUUGAUUCCAGCCGAAAAUGCAUGUCAGUUGUUGUAAGACGUACUGGCACACAAGAAAUUGUUUUAUAUACUAAGGGUGCUGAUAGUUCAAUUAUGCCUGUGCUUGCACCAUGUUCGCCAAAUUCCCCCGACGGAAUAAUUCGCGAAAAAACACAACAACAACUUGACCAUUAUGCUCGCGAAGGUUUGCGUAUUUUGGUUAUGGCAAAAAGAAAUCUUAACCCAACCGAAUACACAGAGUGGUGGGCUAGACAUCAAGAGAUUGAGAUGUCCAUGGAAAAUCGGGAACGUCGGUUGCGUGACUCAUUUGCAAAGUUGGAGAGUAACCUAAUACUUUUAGGCGCAACUGGAAUCGAAGAUCGUUUGCAAGAGGGUGUACCCGAAACAAUUUCAUCAUUGCUAGCAGCAGGAAUAUCAAUAUGGGUAUUAACCGGAGAUAAACCAGAGACUGCUAUUAAUAUAGCAUAUUCGGCUAAAUUAUUUACGCAACAAAUGGAACUUAUUAGAUUAACAGCCCGUUCAAAGGAUGCCGCAGAAUCUGCCAUUAACUUUUAUUUAAACGAAGUGGAAGCUUCAAAGAUAGUCCCACAUCGUUUAAAACCACGAGCCCUUGUGGUCGAUGGUAAAACCUUAACCUUUAUAUUAGACUUAAGAUCCAAAUUAAUAAGGCCUUUUUUGAAAUUGGCCAAAAGCUGCGCUUCAGUAUUGUGUUGUCGUUCCACACCGCUACAAAAGGCAUAUUUAGUAAAAGUGGUUAAAGAAGAGUUGCGCCUAUGCACACUAGCCAUAGGUGACGGCGCCAACGACGUAUCUAUGAUACAAAUGGCUGACGUCGGCGUUGGCAUAUCGGGACAAGAAGGUACCCAAGCUGUGAUGGCUGCUGAUUUUACAGUAGCACGUUUUCGAUAUUUAGAGCGCUUGCUUCUAACACAUGGGUAUUGGUGUUAUGAUCGUCUAUCACGUAUGAUACUUUAUUUUUUCUAUAAAAAUGCUGCCUUCGUGUUUCUGAUAUUCUGGUAUCAACUUUAUUGCGGAUUUUCUGGUUCUGUUAUGAUGGAUCAAAUGUAUCUAAUGCUGUAUAAUUUAAUAUUCACUUCGUUGCCACCUUUAGCAAUAGGUGUCUAUGAUCAACGGGUGCCAGAAGAUUUAUUACUUAGAAAUACAUAUCUGUACAAAAAUGGUCGCCUAGGUUUAGCCUAUAAACCACAUGAUUUUUGGAUAGUGCUGUUGGAUGCGCUUUAUCAAAGUCUAAUAGUAUUUUUUAUAGCUUUAUGUGCCUAUGCUGAUUCAGAUGUUGGUAUAUGGGAGUUUGGUGCCACCAUAACAGCUUCUUGUUUAUAUACGAAUUUAUUGCAUGGAGUGAUAGAAAUCCGUUCAUGGACAAUACUUCACGUGCUUUCAAUGGUUUUUAGUUUGGGUUCUUUUUAUUUAUUUUCCGUUGUUUACAACUCUAUGUGCGUAAACUGUUUUGGCUUACCUUCCAGUUACUGGGUAAUUUUUCGAUGCUUUGCCUCUCCAAUUCAUUGGCUUGUAAUAGUACUAUCAGCUGUUGUAGCUGUUUUACCGCGAUUGCUCCUUACAGUUUUGAGAACUUCGUUAUUUCCUGACGAUAGCACAAAAGUUUUACUGCAUAACAAACGUGAACGUCAUAGAGGUGAGGGUCUUUUAGUUACUUGGUCACGGUCGACAUCUGCUUCAUCAAUAUAUAGAAUCACCGAUUAUGGGUCUAAGAAUCAGAUUAUAACAUCAAUUACCUGAUUUUUACAUGAUACUAAUGUAAUUUAUAUAAGUUAUAGAACCAAUAUACCAACGACUUUUUAUACAUAUAAUAUUUUUUGUUAGUUUUUUAAUAAUAUAUUAUUCAAGCAAAUAUCCUGCCUAAGCGUCGCCUUUACUAAUAUAUAAUAAUUUGGCAAAAUGUUUAUCAUUAUAUUUUCUUAAUUAGAAUACACAUGUAAAAUAAUUGUUUGUAUUGUAGUAAAAAAUUUAUAUUGGUACUUACGUUAAAGUUAUCUGUUAGAUAACUCCAUUGCACAUUUUGUUAACAUAUUGGUUAAUUUCUCAUGUUUCUAUCAAUGUUGCAAGUGCUCAGUGAGUUGUUGCACAUGUUGAUCCAGUUGCUUUAUGAGAUUUGAUGCGUUCUGUCAAACGUCUAAAGCCGCUAGUCUUAAUAUGAACGACGACUAGGAUUUAUUGAGUUUUAAGUUCAUAUAAUGUUAAUAUUCUCAUUGUAGCCAUGACUUACUUUUAGCGAAAUAUAUCCAUAAUCAAUGCUUCGUCAACCAGUAAACUUUGUGAGUUACCUAUUAAACUUUCCACGGUGGCGAAGAAUGUCUGAUAAGGCAAUAAGCAUUGAUCCAUUAUCAUACUCUAAGCAUAUACAUUUUUGCAACUGAUAUCAGUUUUUAAACGUCAAAAGUAUAUAUUCUUUUGGGCAACAUUUGCCUGUCUGCAGAGAAUGAGUAGCUGAUCAUACAUAUCACAUUCAUUCUCAAUUAUUAAUUAAAAAUUGUGCAUAAAACCAUGUACAUAAAACCAAACCAUUUAGCUAUAAAAUUUCAUAAAAGGAAUUCGCCAUAGGGAUGAUUGUACUGACUCAUAUUUUAGAAAUUUUCUUAAAGAUUUAUGGCUUUUAUUUGGUUUUUUGCAAAGACUUUUUAACGAUUUUCAUAAAAUAUGUUUUUUUUUUUCGUAAACCUAUUCUAUUUUAAACCAAUUAAAAUUACGCCAUUAAUACAAAAUAAAAAUGAAAAUAAUAGUUAUUCGUUGUAGUUUACACAAUAAUUGAACUAUAUCGCCGACAUAGGUAUGUUUAAAUUUGUAUAUUUUUAGACCUCAAUGAUUUCUUAAAUAAUUAGGUGAAAUAUUGUCUUUGGAUUUACGUUGUGUAUACUUCAAUCAUGUUUUUUUAUUUGAAGGGCAUGAUUAAAUUUUGUGAAAGGAUUAAUUGUUAUAGCUAAUUUUAAUUAAAUCAAACAAAUAUAGUUUCAAUUCUUGACGCAGCUCUGAUCUGAAGGCAUUAUUUUGUAGUAUUAAAUCGAAAACUAUUUAUAAUAAAAUAAAUUAUUUAUAAACACAAAAUAUAUAUUGCAAUGAAAUAAAAAACUAGAAUAAAAAGAAAUAAUAAUUUAAUAAUAAAAAUAAAAAUCAAAAGAAGAUGAAAAAUAUAACAAUAAGUAGCAAACGGCUGUGAUUGUACACUCAUUUUAGUGAAAAGUAAUAAAAAUCGUUAAAAUAUUGAAGAAAAAACAACAGUUUUAUUCAAGUUUUUAUUUGGAAGCGAUACAAGUAAACAAGCUUGCCUAUUUUUGUAUUACAUACCGAAAUUAUAUGUAAAUGAACAUUUUAAACUAUCGAUGGUUAAUACUGUCGCUAACUGGUUACAGAAUCACUCUAUAGAUAUUUGAUGGAAACUAUUUCUACUAGUUUUUCAAUAAAUUCCAAAUUUGACUACAAUUUUUUU